GAUAAAUAACAUCCGCCCUGCCUGUCUCAGCAUCAGCUGAUACCGUUGUGGGAGGAAGAAAAAUCUGGUGUUGGCUUUCCUUCUUAUCUAAAAAAAAUGGACAAUUUGCAAGCAGGAGAUCCGCGAUACAUGACAAGGAGAGUGAAGGGAUGCACUCUGGACGUCCAUCCCACUGAGAAAGCCCUCGUGGUUCAUUAUGAAGUGGAGGCAACUAUCCUGGGAGAGCUGGGAGACCCCGUGGUUGGAGAGCGAAAAGAGUGUCAGAAAAUCAUUCGCCUGAAAAGCUUGAACGCCAACACCAACACGUCGUCUCUGGCUCGUAAAGUGGUGGAAGAAUGUCGGCUGAUUCACUCGUCUAAACUGCGCGAGGUGGAGCAGCUGCUCUUCUAUCUGCAAAACCGCAAACAGCCAAACGACAACCACGAGAGGAAACGCAUCUCACCUCGAGACUUCACGCCGUACGCAGGAGUGGAGCUGGACGAGGAGGCGAACAUCAGCAAAAUCGACGAGUACGUGGAGCUGCUGUAUGAAGACAUCCAGGAGAAGAUCAGAGGAGCGACACUCAUCUUCCAACUGGCUCGUAACCCGGACAACCUGGAGGAGCUCAUACAGAACGAGACGGCCCUCGGAGCUCUGGCCAGAGUCCUGAGGGAGGACUGGAAGCAGAGCGUUGACCUGGCAACGACCAUCAUCUACAUCUUCUUCUGCUUCUCCAGUUUCUCCCAGUUCCACGGCCUGGUCACACAUUUCAAGAUUGGGGCCCUGUGCAUGAACAUCAUCGAACAUGAGCUGAAGAGGUAUGACCUCUGGCAAGACGAGCUGCAGAAAAAGAAGAAGGCCUAUGAAGAAUCCACUGAGAACCAAAACCUGAAGAAAGAACAUGAGAAGUCUUUCAGAAAGUACCAGAGCCUUCUGACCAAGCAGGAGCAGCUUCUCAGAGUGUGUCUUUGUCUGCUGCUGAACUUGGCCGAAGACACCCGCACGGAGCUGAAGAUGAGGAACAAAAACAUCGUCCACAUGCUGGUGAAGAUCCUGGAGCGGCAGGACGAGGAGCUGCUGCUGGUGGUCGUCUCCUUCCUCAAGAAGCUCUCCAUCUUCCUGGAGAACAAGAACGACAUGGCUGAAACACUUGCCGUGGAGAAGUUAGCCCGGCUGGUUCCCUGUGAGCACGAGGAGCUGCUGAUCACCACGUCCCGCCUGCUGCUCAACCUUUCCUUCGACACGGCCCUGCGCAGCCAGAUGGUCCAGGCCGGACUGGUUCCCAAACUCUCCUCGCUGCUGGCUGACGAGGGCCAGAGACAGCUCAGCAUGUGCAUUCUGUACCACAUCAGCAUGGACGACAGAUUCAAGUCCAUGUUUGCCGACACAGACUGCAUACCGCAGCUGAUGAAGAUGGUGUUUAACUGUGUGGAGGAGAAGAUGGAUGUUGAGCUCAUCGCACUCUGCAUCAACCUGGCUGCUAACAAGAGUAACGCCCAGGUCAUCUGUGAAGGUAACGGUCUGAAGAUGCUGAUGAAGCGGGCGGUGAAACUGAAGGACGUUCUGCUGAUGAAGAUGAUCAGGAAUCUUUCUCAGCACAACGGACCCACCAAGAUCCUCUUCUUGGAUCAUGUCGGAGACCUGGCAGCUCAGAUCAGUGAGGACGAGGCUGAGGAGUUUGUGAUCGAGUGUCUGGGCACGUUGGCCAAUCUGACCAUCCCAGACCUGGACUGGGCGCUGGUGCUCAAAGACUACAACCUGGUGCCCUACCUGAAGGACAGACUCAAACCAGGUUCUGCUGAGGAUGACCUCAUCCUGGAAGUGGUGAUCAUGAUCGGUACCGUGUCCAUGGAUGACUCUUGUGCAGCCAUGCUGGCCAAGUCCGGCAUCAUUCCUGCUCUCAUUGAGCUGCUUAACGCCCAGCAGGAGGAUGAUGAGUUCGUGUGCCAGAUUGUCUACGUCUUCUACCAGAUGGUAUUUCACAAAGCUACCAGGGACGUCAUCAUCAAAGACACACAGGCCCCGGCUUACCUCAUCGACCUGAUGCACGAUAACAACGCAGAGAUCUGCAAAGUCUGUGACAACACGCUGGACAUCAUUGCUGAGUAUGAUGAGGAGUGGGGCAAGAAGAUCCAGAAUGAAAAGUUCCGCUGGUACAACGGCCAGUGGCUGGAGAUGGUGGAGAACCGUCAGCUGGACGAAGCAGGAACGCCCUUCCUGUACGGCGAGGAUGCAGAAUCCUUCAUCGGGAACGGAGACAUCCUGGAGAGACCAGACCUCUUCUACAGCGCAGAUGGGAUCAUCAGUCCUGACUUCUACACCGACUUCCAGAACGGAGAACUGGGACAGACUGGAUUCAUGGGCAGUAUGUCGGACCAGUUUGUCAUAUCAUCAGAUCGACCCGUCAGCGCCUACGGCUUCCGACCCGAUGAACAGUUCUUCUACAACUACGCCACUGCGUCCCGAUACUUUAACACAGGUAACAGGCACUUGGUGGAGCUCAGGUAUUCACAGACUUGGACCAGUCUCUACGGCAACCGCAUCCACAUGAAAGAGGCCAGUUUCCUUCAUGGUGGGAUCUAAGGCACGUGGAGGUACUGUGAAGGCACUUUGAAGAACUACUUCUUCAGUUUCCUUUUAAAAAAAAUUCCUUCACUAAGUCAAAAAAUAAUCAUGUUAAGGAUAAAUAAUAUUCCCAAACUAACAGCUUUAAAAAGAACUGGUCAGCGAUAUUGAUCGAGUUUAUCUGGUCUAAUAUAUUAAAACAUCUGUUAUACUGAUUUCUGAACAAACUAAAACUCACUGAUGAUUUAAGAUUUUUUUUUU